AUGAGUCAGGAAUCUAGGCCCCGACAGCAUAAGGUGGCCUGGCGCGAUAGCAUAUCCGCCUUUCUGAUCGGUCACAGCAAGGCAUCCGCUGAGCAAGUGACGCGAAAAUAUCUCGAAGACCUCGAACCUGCUUCUUCCCUCAAUUAUCUGGAUCAAGCACUCUGGCAGCUGCUGCAUGGCAUCAAAGAUGUCGAGACGAUCUUCAAAAAAUAUGCAACGACCAACUCCAGCGGCAAACGCAUGUGGAACAGAGACAGCUGGGCUAGAUACAUUAACGCUGAGAUACCAGCUGUCGCGACUGGCAUACCACUGCUUUGGUACACCUUCACUGUUGGCGCCUACUUUCCUUUCUCGGCUCCGUCAAAUGAACCCGAAAUUGAUGUCAAAGCAUUCCGGAGAGCAUUUGCGUUCAUUAUCUUACGCGGUUAUGAGCUCUUAGGAGCGAAGUCAAACGGCCAGCCUUUUCCCAGAUGCAGUGAAAAGUUCUACACUGACAAGGUGCCACGACUCACACGUAUCAUCUUCAGGAGUUUGAGCCCUUCUUACCCUCAAUCAGAGACCCAGUCUCAGCAUCCGCAGGAAUCGCUCCAGCUUCAAGAUGUUAAAGAUACUAUUGCUUUUACGCAACCCAUACUAAAGUCGAACUUGUGCCAUGGAUGGCCCAACGUGGCCGAUGGGGAAUUUGAAGCCGCCGCGUAUCGCCUUCUACUUGCCGACCACAAACGGUCGACAGUCAAAAGAUCACCUAUUGCAGUAAGCAGAGCGGACUUGCACAUUUUGAUUCGGCUCUUCUUUCUGCAACGUGCAGAACCUAGAUGCUGGAGAGCAGGACUGUUCAAACACGAGACGUAUCAGCGCUCCGGAGACAUCAUGUUCUCUCGUCUCAUUAACGAACCGGAUGAAGUAUCACGAGCGUCCGAACUUGCAUCGGCCUUUUUAUCUUAUCGUUUCCCGGGUAGCAAUGAUUGUGUGACAGAGGAGCAGUUCAAAGACUGUUGCUCAGAAUGCCUCUGGGCUACCAUAUUCAUACUUCCAACCACACCGCAACCUCCUCGCGCUAAAGAAAAGUCCGCUCUCUUAACCAGCACCACAAACCUGUUAUCGUUCCUGAACGUUGCCCACUUUUUUAGUGGAAAGUGGGAGGGUGAUCGCUUUCACCAAAAUGAGUCCCAGUUACAGCUCGAUCUGCAAACUUCCGAAUUGGUGGCCGAUCUUGCCGCGACACCUGAGCUUGGUGUUGACGAACUGUUUAAGAUCAUAGCGAGGCUGAGCUGGUUCCACAUGAUGCUUAUCCGGGGAGAGGAUAUCAAGGUAAAAGGAAAGAGCUCUAGUAGGCUCAUUAUAGUUUUCACGAGCCCGCCGGUGGAACAGAUGUGUCGACCAGAGGGGCAGUCUUUGGUGAGAUACGUCUGGCGAACUUCUAUGGUUCAACUGGAGCCAUAUCUUGCUGUGGCGGAUAGCGGAGGUAUGAGCGCGAGUGUCGUGGGCGACGUACUGGAGUUACGAUCCCAUGGAAGGGUCAGGGAGGAAGGCACAAGUAUGCAAAUCGAUUUGACCGAGAAAUUAGUCAAUGUUAAGGGGCUUGGUAUUGGCCUUGUGGAAAAUGCGGAACAUAUGGGUUCGGUGGGCUCGUCGGAGGCUACGUCGAUGUUGGCCAUGCGGCUGAUCGACUUGAAAUGUUAUCGUUUGCCCGGUAUGUCGUCGACAGUUACCAGCUCGAAUUGA